AUGGCAACCAAUCUUCUCUCCAUUGUUAUGUUACAUUUUGUUCUGUCUGCUCAAACUCAAAUGCUUCCAAUACAGUUGGAGUCUCCUGCUCCACAACCACAUCCACCCCAGUGGCAACCGCCGCAUCAUAAUAGCUCCCAAUACGGUACUACUGAAGGCAGCCUUCAACCCCAAGCUGAGUUCGCCCUAGAGCUCCCAGACACGAGUAUCGAGACUCGAUUGCAGCCGCCGCCUCUCGACGCCGGUGAGCCCUCUGGCCGCCGGCGUCGGGUCCUCCGUUUUGGCUCUUCUCAUCUUUCUCGUUUCCGUUUCGUUUCCACCGUUAACGGUAGCCCUCCGACCUGGUUCUCCGUCUCUGUCAACAUCUCUGCUCACGCCAAGUUUCCUCCCCGUAGAAAGCUUGUCCUUGUGAGUCGCAGAUCUUGGCUGUCUCAUUACAGAUCUGGUUCCACCGGAUCUGACUUUUCAUGGGGGAUUCCCCAACCCGUCGAGAUUCUCGCCGGUUUCAGUUCCCGUUUUCCAUCACCGUCAUCGUGCUGCUAUGCUCACCUCCCCCUCGACGAAUACCCACCCCUUGUUGGGGUUGAAGCCAUUCAUCCUCUCCAAGUUGAGCCUCACAAGCCAGAUCCGCCGCCAUCUCCGCACCGAAAUAGGAAAAGCUUUAGCUAUCUUCCUACGCUGUGUCUCAUCUCUCCAUCUGUUGGUCUGAGGCCUGAGCCGAUGACUCACCACUCACCAAAUGUAUCCCAUCCAGUCACCCAUCGCUGCACUUCAACCGUUCUACUGUCAUCUUUCCGAAGAGGUCAGAGUGUGGGCCACGGUGUGGAGAUAGAUGCUCAAAUACUAAAUACAAGAAGCCAUUGCUUGUGUGUGCCUCCAGGUACUUAUGGCAACAAGCAAGUCUGUCCUUGUUACAACAAUUGGAAGACUCAGCUUGGUGGACCCAAAUGUCCUUGA